AUGUCCGAUUAUGAAGACUGCCCUGAAGAGCCUCUCGAAUGCACUUGCCCAGUAUGCAAAGAAAAAUUCACAGAUCUCCACAAAGCAAAAGUCCACAUCUAUCGUAAGCACAACAACUACCCAGGCUGUCCCAUAUGUUUGCUAAGCUUUACCUCCAAAAAAAGGCUGUCUUACCAUAUGAGAGCUGACCACCCAUUUUGUGGGGCCUGCAAAUCAAGAUUUCGCUUUCGAGACGAAUUUUACCUCCAUAACCUUACAGCACAUAUAGAAGACAUAAUAGUUUCUAAUAAAAUUUUGACUGGAACUCUAACAGCUGAUAAGAAAUGCAGAAUUUGUGGCGCAAGGCUAAAUACCCGAUGUUAUGCUCACAUUCAUAUACAGUUUGCUCAUCCGUUGCUGAAGCCAUUUUUUACUAAUCUUCAAAGUAACUAA